CUCUUAUCCCAUCCACCACCCCACUCCCUAAAAAUGUCGUUUUUCGGCCGAAACAAGAAUCCUCGAAAACGUUCGCCGACGCCCACAGGCUCAUUAUCACGAGAGAACUCCAUCAACGAAGGGGGAUCCGGUGCAACGACACCCCACGGCGACAAACCUCUGUAUCUGUGCAGCCCUUUUGCCGACGCUGCACUCGUCAACGGGAAUUUCAAGACGAUCGUGACGCUUCCGAGAUACGUCGACAGAAUGGAAUGGGUUGCCAUGAACAUAUACGACUUUUACACCAACUUGAAUGAAUUUUACGGUGUCAUCACGGACUGUUGCACGCAGCAAUCGUGUCCUACGAUGUCUGCAGGGCCAAACUUGAAUUAUUCAUGGAUUACACCGGAUCGAAAACAAAUGUCGCUCUCUGCACCUACGUAUAUUGACUCUGUGAUGUCCUCCGUUCAAAACCUCCUCGAGGAUGAGACUAUGUUUCCAACCAAGUCGGGGCAAGACUUCCAUCAAGCUUUCCCAACGACGAUUAGGCACAUAUACAGACAAUUCCUGCGUAUAUUCGCUCACAUCUAUCACGCACAUUUCCACGAUGUGCUCAACUUACGAUCUGAGCCGCACUUCAACUCUCUGUUCGCACACUUCCUGGCGUUUGGAAAGGAGUACGGUCUACUCGACGUGAAGGACAUCAAAGGUGAACCUAACGCACCGGUCGGUGCAGGUCUUUUGUGGGAGAGAUGGAAGGAAUCUGGGAAGUUGGAGGCCUAAAACGUCGGAUUGGACUUCGAGAAUCAAAAGGUUUUCUGUUGUAACGGAAUAGGAGUGCAAAAGAUUUUACCGUUUUUUUCUGGCUUUUCUCGAAUGUGCACGCAUGAAUCAUUUCCAUACCUUGCAAGG